AUGGCCCUGCCACCACACCAGACUGGAUCUGCUCAGAUGGGAUCCGCGGGAUCCGCCCCUGCUUUUGCUAUUCAAGUGCCUAUGCAUGAUCCUGCACUUCUUGGUGGUGGUUCUUCUAUUCCAAAUAUAGGAGGUCCAUCAGAUGAUGGAAACGAUGGCAGGACUGCAAAGCGCCUUGUAUUUGAUCCAGAUGAGGACGUGAGGCUAGUCAGUGCAUGGCUGAUCCACUCAAAUGACCCAAUCACUGGGAAUUGCAAGAAAAAUGAGAAGUAUUGGGGUGAUGUACAUGGACACUACAAUAAGACUACACCUACAAACCAAAAAAGAGAGGUGAAACAUCUCAAAGAUCGCUGGACAAAAAUUAAGAGAUGGGUGGCAUUUUUCUGUGGAAGUUGGAAGAAGGCUACCUCAAUUUAUCUUAGUGAAUAUUCAGAUGAGCAGCUAAAAGAUAUGGCUAAGCAGUUUUAUUUGGAUGACUAUAAGGAAGGACCAUUCACAGUUGAGCACUGCUGGAAGAUUCUUCGUGAUGAACCCAAGUGGCAUGCAGUUUUGGAAGAACUUGAAAACCCAAAUAAAAGGAGUUUGGAUGGUGAAGAUGAGGCAAUUGGCACCUCAAGGACACCAGAAGUUGUAGGAGAAUUGGAACGUCCUAUGGGGACACAACAAGCUAAGAAAAAACGCAAUGGUAAAGGUAGAGUCAGCGAUGAUGAUGGAACGUCCUAUGAUGAAGACUUGAAGAAAUUCAUUAACAUUCAAGCAGCAACAAAAAAACGACAGGAAAAUUUCGUAGAGGCACAAGAACGCAUUUCUGAAAAGAAGUUUCAGACAGCAAGGUUUAACAGGGAAGCCGCUUUACUGGAAUCGUAUCAAAAACUCUUGUGUAUGGACACUAGGGAGAUGACAGAGGAUAUUAGAGCUGAGCAUGUCCUUGCCCUGAAGAUGCUAAGGGAGAAAUUGGCCAGUAACAGUAACUAA